AUGAUUACUAUCAAAAAAGCACCAAAAUCUCUCAAAAGCCAAGACAGUGUGCCUAGUAGUUUAUCGAGUACUUUGAGUCAUAAGCAAUCGUUAAAGACAAUGAAUGAUGAUAUGAAUCUUUCAUCAGGAGGAACUACAAAUAGCGCUAUAAAUCUUGAUCCGUCUCUUAUUGGAACGGAUGAAGCUCGGCAUAGUGAUUGCGAAGAAGAGUUAAGUAACAACAGCACAGAUAUGAUCAUGAUGAAUGCAGCUGGAGAUCCAACAAUAGAUAUGGUUGAUGAGGGUCACAGUGAUGACGAGUACGGAGAGCAAGGGCAACAACAUUUCGAUCAGUCCCAAUUUGAAAAGAUGCUUAGUCAGCGCCACUAUAAGGUUGUCAGAGAAAGAGGAGAAGGAACCUUUUCAAAAGUGUUGGAGGCAAAAAAUUUGAAAACAAACCAGAGAGUAGCUAUUAAGUGCAUGAAGAGCAAAUUUAAGGACAGAGAUCGAGUAAAUAGACUCCGAGAAAUUCAAGCUCUAAAGAUUCUGUCUCCCAAUGAUAAUGUAAUUUCCUUAUUAGAAGUUGUGUACGAUCCAAAGAAUGGAAACCUUGCACUUGUUUUUGAAUUAAUGGAUAUGAAUAUAUACGAAUUGAUCAAACGUAGGAAGAAAUACUUUCCGGAGCAUCAGCUCAAAUCAUACAUGUAUCAAAUUUUAAAGUCGAUUGACCACAUGCAUCGACAUAACAUUUUUCAUAGAGAUGUUAAGCCUGAAAAUAUUUUGGUUAUGAAGCUACAUAACCCUCCAACUGUUCCUACGUCAAGUAGCGGACCUAAUUCUGUACUCACCACCAACUUUCUUUAUUAUUAUUACCUAAAUGGCUAUUCUUCGGCGAUGAAUAGUUCUGCAUCACCCUCUUCAAGCAGAUCCGAAACGCCAACCUCAGACUCUUUCAGUUAUCCAGUUUUAAAAUUGGCAGAUUUUGGAAGCUGUCAAGGCACAAAGGGGAAAAGGCCUUAUACUGAAUACAUUUCAACAAGGUGGUACAGAGCUCCUGAAUGCUUACUUACGGAUGGGUUUUAUGACCAAAAAAUGGAUAUGUGGAGUGUAGGAUGUGUAUUUUAUGAAAUGAUAACAUUCGAACCUCUGUUUCCAGGAGAAAAUGAACUCGAUCAAAUUCAUCUCAUUCACAAAAUUGUAGGAACUCCAAGUGAAGAAAUUUUAAAUAAGUUCAGGAAACAUGCAAGCAGAUAUCUGACAAACGGUAAAUUUCCAAAACGAGGAGGAAAGGGGCUGAAGUCUAUGAUACCUAAUGUUUCAAAAGAUUGCUUGGAUUUACUUCAAAGGUUGUUGAUUUAUAACCCAGAAGAACGAAUAACAGCCAGCAAAGCCUUGAGGCAUCCUUAUUUCAAAGAAUUAUAUGCCCUAGAUCAAAGCUUUGGAGCGGCUGCAAGCCCUUCUCCUCACCUAGGUAAUAUUUUCUCCACUGCAGCUUCUGGAACUCUUCAGCAAGCUCCAGCUUUAAUUCAACCACACCAAAACUCGAGUCAAAACCCCCAUCACGAAAAUAAUCAAUCCAAUAUGGUUGUACUUCCUACAAUUUAUGGUAAUAACAAGCAAAAACCAAUGGCCAAGAAGCAACUUCAUCAUCCUCACCAGCAAAUAGGGCCAACGUUUUCAAACAAAGGUAUUGGAAUUCCCUCCCAACAACAUGUUAUCAACAACUCUGCCUCCGGCUCCCUGAGUCAAUUUUUUACUGCAAUGAAGAAACCAACGAACAUGAAAACAGUUAACCUUUCACCAUACCUCAAUGAUCAUAAUAAUUUGGUUCAAAGUUCUUUGCCCUCAUCUAACUAUUAUAACUUCAAUAGAAAAUAA